CACCUCCACCCACCCACCGUUUUCCCCUCCCUCCCAGUCCCAUCCUCCACGCCACUACCACCUUCUCGCCGUCCUCCUCCUCCUCCCCUCGCUCCGGAUCCAUCCACCUCGCGGCCUCCCCCCUCCCCCUCCUCCCCGGCGCUCCACCACGGCGAUGGCGUCGAGGCUGGCGCAGCUCCGGUCCAAGGCGGCGCAGGCGUCGGAGUUCGUGUCGAAGCACGGCUGCGCCUACUACAAGGAGGUGAUGGAGAAGAACAAGCAGCACGUGGUGCAGCCCCCCACCGUGGAGAAGUGCCAGGAGCUCUCCAAGCAGCUCUUCUACACCCGCCUCGCCAGUUUACCGGGCCGCUAUGAGGCGUUCUGGAAGGAACUUGAUAGUGCCAAGCAGUUAUGGAAGAACAGAAAGGAUCUCAAGGUUGAGGACCUUGGAAUUGUGACAUUAUUCGGAGUUGAGCUUUAUGCCUGGUUCUGCGUAGGAGAGAUUGUCGGCAGAGGAUUCACCAUAACCGGCUAUAAGGUCUAAAUGAGUUCUCCUGAUUAUUACCUGGUUUAUAAAAUACACUGUUAGCUGAUGCUUGUCGAAAUGACAAAGAUACCUCCUGCCUUUUCACAAUUUUGUUUCUGGAAAGUCUUUCUAGUGCUGGAUGUCAGCCAAGACGAGCACGUCGUUGCAAUACUGCUUCAAUAAUUUGCUCGAUCUCUUGAUUGCCCAUUUUGGUGUCCUGUAAUGCGUUUACCAUUUCAUCUUGCCCCACCCUUGCAAAGUGCCAUUUAUUUGUUCUGUUGAAUCCA